CGGGCUGCUCCCUCAGUAGCGGGAGCGAGCGGAGGCCGGGGUGCGGGCGGCUAAGAUGAGUGAAAGGAGAAGAUCUGCAGUCGCCCUGAGCUCGCGAGCACAUGCCUUCUCCGUUGAAGCCUUGAUCGGCUCAAAUAAAAAGCGGAAACUGCGAGACUGGGAGGAGAAGGGGUUGGACCUGUCCAUGGAGGCGCUGAGCCCCGCGGGCCCACUCGGAGACACGGAGGACGCGGCCGCACACGGCCUGGAACCUCACCCGGAUUCCGAGCAAAGCACUGGUUCAGACUCUGAGGUGCUCACUGAGCGGACUUCCUGCUCCUUUGACACUCACCCUGACUUGGGCUCUGGUGCUGCAGGCCCUGUGCCUGCUGCCAUGUCUUCCAUGGAAGAGAUUCAGGUGGAGCUCCAAUGCGCUGACCUCUGGAAGAGGUUCCAUGACAUUGGAACUGAGAUGAUCAUCACCAAAGCAGGCAGGAGGAUGUUUCCUGCCAUGAGAGUGAAAAUCACUGGCCUGGACCCACACCAGCAGUAUUACAUAGCAAUGGACAUUGUGCCUGUGGACAAUAAAAGAUACAGAUACGUGUACCACAGCUCCAAAUGGAUGGUGGCUGGCAAUGCAGACUCCCCUGUACCUCCAAGAGUUUAUAUACACCCUGAUUCUCUAGCUUCUGGAGACACCUGGAUGAGACAGGUGGUCAGUUUUGACAAACUCAAGCUGACCAACAACGAGUUGGAUGAUCAAGGACAUAUCAUUCUGCACUCAAUGCACAAAUACCAGCCUCGAGUUCACGUGAUCCGCAAGGAUUUCAGCAGCGACCUUUCACCCACCAAACCUGUCCCUGUUGGGGAUGGAGUGAAAACAUUCAACUUCCCUGAGACGGUGUUUACCACAGUCACAGCCUACCAGAACCAGCAGAUCACCAGAUUAAAAAUUGAUCGAAACCCUUUUGCUAAAGGAUUCAGAGAUUCUGGAAGAAACAGAACCGGACUGGAAGCCAUCAUGGAGACUUACGCGUUCUGGAGACCCCCUGUGCGCACACUCACUUUUGAGGAUUUCACCACCAUGCAAAAGCAGCAAGGGGGCAGCACAGGCACAUCCCCGACCACCUCCAGCACUGGGACACCAUCCCCUUCAGCUUCUUCUCACCUUUUAUCUCCAUCCUGUUCUCCUCCAACAUUUCAUCUGGCCCCCAACACUUUCAAUGUGGGCUGUCGAGAGAGCCAGCUGUGCAAUCUAAACCUCUCUGAUUAUCCACCAUGUGCCCGAAGCAACAUGGCGGCCUUGCAGAGCUACCCAGGGCUGAGUGACAGUGGCUACAACAGGCUCCAGAGUGGCACGGCUUCAGCCACUCAGCCCUCAGAAACCUUCAUGCCUCAGAGGACUCCAUCCCUGAUCUCAGGAAUACCGACUCCUCCCUCGUUGCCUAGCAACAGCAAGAUGGAAGCCUAUGGCGGCCAGCUGGGGUCCUUCCCCACUUCCCAGUUCCAGUAUGUCAUGCAGGCUGGCAAUGCGGCCUCCAGCUCCUCGUCACCACAUAUGUUUGGGGGCAGCCACAUGCAGCAGAGCUCCUACAACGCCUUCUCUCUCCACAACCCUUACAAUCUCUAUGGAUAUAAUUUCCCCACUUCUCCCAGGCUAGCUGCAAGCCCAGAAAAACUGAGCGCCUCUCAAAGCACUUUACUCUGUUCUUCUCCUUCCAAUGGGGCCUUUGGUGAGAGGCAGUACCUGCCCACAGGGAUGGAGCACAGCAUGCACAUGAUCAGCCCUUCGCCCAAUAACCAGCAGGCGACCAACACCUGUGAUGGCCGGCAGUACGGGGCGGUCCCAGGCUCCUCCUCCCAGAUGUCCGUGCACAUGGUUUAAUGGCCCGUCCAAACACCAGGGAGCCCACUGCAGCCAGGGCCCCAGCGUCUCCAUGAGCAGAUCUUCCUUUCUGGGAGCUGAAGCCUUUGAAAAAUGGGAACUGUGUUUUUUGUUUUUUGUUUUUUGUUUUUUUUCUGGAGGAAGAAAGCACAUACCCAAGAACAACAAAAGACAUUUAAGCCACUGAAGGAAAUACUUGCAGUGGAGUCAUCUCCGACUCAGUGGCCAUUCUCCUGCCUUCCCAAACCUUAGUUUUAUAAAGCAUUGCCUACUCCAGAGUGGCCUUUGAAGAAACUGAAUAAUCAUUUUAUAAUAAUGUUAAGGAAGAUGCUAGCAUGUAGCAGCCAUAAAAAGUUACCCUGACAUGAAUACAGACCUACCUGUACAUGCAUACAUACAAACAUACAUACAUACA